AUGAUAAAAUAAUAAAAUAUAUAGCAAUUAUUCCCUAACUUAUAAGAAUAAUCUUACAAGACUCUACAAGGAGUGUAUGAAAAUAUUACACUAUAAUAAUUCCAUGUCUUAGUCUAACAAAUUAAAACGAAGUUUCCAAUCCCUGAUUAAAUCAAUGCUGUUCAAUUUCCUACUCAGGAAAAUGUAAUUGAAUUCUUUUAGAAUUACAACCCAAUCAUUUUAGAUUUUACUCACAUUUAAGAUGUUAAGAUUAAGCUAUACAAAAAUGCAGCAUUCUAUGGAACCUUAGUUGAUGGUUUGAGACAAGGUCAAGGCAUUUUAAUAAAAUCAACAUUACAACUGUAUGAAGGUUCUUUUCUCAGAGACAAGAAGGAUGGAAUAGGAUUUGAAUUGCUGAAAUAAAAUCAAUUUUACUAUGGCACUUACCUUAAUGGGUUACCACAUGGAGAAGGAGUGUUCUGGUCAAAAAACUAGAAGUAUAUUGGUUAAUGGCAUUAAGGGAAGAAAGUAUUAUACAAUCUCUAUUAUCAAAGCAUGGAAUUGGAUGGUAUCAAGGGACUCAUUCCGACUAUUAUCUAGGGCAAUGGGAAAAUGGAAGAUGUUUUGGACUUUGCAUCUAUAUUAAUGGAGACAUGUAUAACUGACUAAUAAUUUUAGAUAUGCUGGUUAUGUUACCAAUGAUCUCAAACAUGGUAAUGGUUAAGAGUAUUUUGAAAAUGGAGAUUACUUUGUAGGAGAAUAUAGAAAUGGGAAACCUAAUGGUUCUGGGGAAUUUUAUUGGAAUAAUGGUAAUUUCUAUAAAGGAGAAUUUGUCAAUGGUUAAAGGAAUGGUUAUGGAAUGUGGGAGAGUAAAACUCAAGAAGGUGUAAACAUAUAUAAAGGUUAAUAUGCAAACGAUAAAAAAAGUGGAUAAGGAGUAUUUGAAUAUGCUAAUGGAACUAAAUAUGAAGGUCAUUUUAUAGAUGACAAGAGAUGUGGAUAUGGUGAGAUUACAUGGUAAGACAAGGCUACUUACAAGGGUUAUUGGGUGGAUGGAUUAAUGGAGGGAGAAGGAAUAUAUGAAUAUGACACAUUAGUAUUGAAGGGUAAUUGGAGAGGCAAUUAGUUAUAAACUAUUGACAAAGUGAGAGUUUCUUUGAAUUAAUUUCCAUAAUAACAUAAUAUAAAAGAGAUACAUGAAGAUGAAGAGGUUAGAUCAUAAUUGGCUGAUGAACCAGACUAAGAUGAAAUAGGGAAUUAAUUUUAAGCUGAAAUUCUAGCUUCUAAAACAGAUACUAAUCAUGGUAAUAUUUAAAAUACUUCUCAUCAAACUAGUCAUAAUGAGGUGUAAUUCCAUUAAAAAUUACCCAUUUUAUAAAGAUAAUUUGAUUUGCUUAGUCUUCUUGAUUAAGGACUUUAAUUUUAGUCUUUAGAUGCUUCAUAAAGAUAGAAUAGUUCCAGUGUUGCAAUUCAAACAGAAAGUAAAAAGAAGUUUCUUCCAAAAUUGGUUCUCAAUAAGAAAAUACCCACUCAAUACAGUAGUAGUGUAGAUUAUCAAAAUAAUGGGAAUAAUAAAUUUAAAUUUGAUUCUUUGUCUAAUUCUCCUAAUACUAGAGGGACUGAUCAAUCAAAUAAAUCAAAUAGAGAGUAGAAAUAGAAGAAACCAAAUAGAUCUGUUUAAUGUAGAGGUAGGAGAAAUAAAUAAGUACUAUUAUCAAAGAAGGAGUAGAAUAUUUGGUCAAUCAAAAUGAAUAAAUUAAAAUUAAGUCCAGCUAAAUAUACUAAAUUGUGGAAUCAUGAAGUAAGAAAUAAAUUUCUAUAUAGAUUGUAAGUGAGAUAAAGUAGUUUCUAUAUCCUCCUAUUUGGAAACCUCCAUCACAUUUAUCAUGA